AUGUCGUACCCAUCCGCCAUGACAAGCUUGAUUCACAACCCACAAUUACGCGUACUCAACGUUCUCCAAGAAAAUGCCGAUCAAGACCUUCUUAGGACUUCCUUCCUUUCGCACAGCUCAAGUGGUAGCUCAGACCGGUGUCGACGUCAGCGUUUUUCAGGUAUAACCAUCGAUUGUGAGCACGGCCAUGUCAGCGAUGAUUCGAUGCACAGUUCGACUGCGGCUAUCGCUGCUUUGGGAGUGUCGCCGCUUGUCUGCCUCAGAAUGACUCACUCGGAUUUGGUUAAAAGAGCAUUGGAUGCUGGUGCACUUUCAGUACUGAAAUGCUACAAGCGUCAUCCUUGCUCCUCAAAUUUAUACUGCCGAAGAAGUAAGGGCCUGUUUCUUGUUUCAAAUUUCCCCCGCAAGGUCUCCGUGAGCAAGGUUCGGCGUUCCCUGUCAUCGCCCACGGCAUCGACAUUCCUGCAUACCUGA